AUGUUGAAGCUCUUCCCGCCGACAAAACGCGCUCUAGUUAAGGUUAGAAGAAGACCUCAUGCUGGUGUCUUCUUCACAUCCUUAAUCUUGUCCUCACCUUCUUCCCAAUAUUCUUCUUCUUCUUCCUCUUAUGAAUAUCAGAAUGAUCUGAUGAGUAGAGACGCAGCAACCAUUCUCAACUCCAACCAUCCUAACCAAGCCCUUCAACUUUUUAAUUAUGCUUUAAAACACUACCCAAUUACUUCUCCAACCUACAUUCUUCCAAGCCUGUAUUCAGCGAUCAUACUUUUCUUAACAUGUGCCGGAAUGUGCAAGCCUGCCAGGUCCUUGAUCAAAGACCUCGUACAAACCAUCCUCAUCCAUCCUUCCUUCAAAUUCGAAAACCAAGUUAGUUCUUUAGUUUUCGAUGCUCUUAAUGAUUUACGAAGUUCUGAAAAAUUCAGUCCUGAUGUUUUUGGAGAGGUCAUUAUUGCAUUUUGUGAGAUGGAUCUUGUUGAUGAAGCCUUGUGGGUGUAUCAAAAGAUUGUUAAAGCUAUGCCCCCUUCAGUGCAAGCUUGUAAUGCCUUACUAAAUCGGUUGGCUAAGAAGGGUCGGUUUGGUUCCAUGUGGAAGUUAUACAAGCACAUGGUUUCGUGCAAGGUAUUGGUUCCUAGUGUUGUCACUUAUGGUAUAUUUGUUGAUGCUUGUUGUAGCCAAGGUGAUGUUUCAAAAGCUAUGAGUUUUUUUGAUGAGAUGGUGAAGGAGAAGGGGAUUCAACCAAGCGUUGUUAUCUACACCACUCUUAUCCGUAGUUUUUGCCGUGAGAGUAAAUUGUCAGAAGCAGAAGCUCUGUUUCAACAGAUGCGGGAAUCGGGGGUUUUGCCAAAUUUGUAUACUUAUAAUGUUCUGAUAGAUGGUUACUGCAAAAGGGCAAACGUCAAGCAAGCACUUCACUUGUAUCAGGGCAUGCUUGCUGGCGGUCUGCACCCAAGUAUUGUUACUUUUGGGACCUUAAUAGAUGCACUCUGCAGAGGGGGGCAAUUAUUAGCAGCAAGGGGUUUGUUCGUUCACAUGGCUAAGUUUGGUAUUUGUCCUGAUUUAGUUAUGUAUAAUCGUCUCAUUGAUGGCCAUUCUAAUUCAAGGAAUCUAUCUGAAGCCAUGCAUUUGUUUUCGGAGAUGGAAAAGUUCAAAAUUUCACCUGAUGUUUUUACAUAUAGUAUACUUAUGAAGGGUUUUUGUGGCGUGGGUAGAACAGAAGAAGCAUACGUGUUACUGAAAAGAAUGAAUAGUGAUGGGGUUAUUGCAAACUCUGUAACAUACAAUUCCCUAAUCAAUGGAUACUGUAAGGAAGGAAAUAUGGAAAAGGCUCUGGAGGUGUCUUCUCAAAUGACUAAAAAGGGUUUAGAGCCAGAUGUUAUCACCUUUUCUACAUUGAUUGAUGGUUAUUGCAAGGCAGGGAACAUGCAAUCUGCUUCAAGAUUAUACUCGGAAGUGGUAAUGAAAUGUAUUGUGCCUGAUGUGUUUGUAUUCACAGCUUUGAUUGAUGGGCACUGUAAAAAUGGUAACAUGAAAGAGGCCCUUCGGCUGCACAAGGAGAUGCUAGAGGCUGGGUUCAAACCCGAUGUUUUCACAGUCACUUGUUUAAUUGAUGGCUUUUGCAAAGAUGGGAGGACUUCUGAUGCAAUCAAAUUUUUCUUGGAGAACACUACAGAUGGGCUCACUGGAAAGCAAAUCAAUAAAAUGAAUGGUAAUUCUUGUAUUCCCAACAGUGUAAUGUACACAUCUUUAAUUCAAGGCUUGUGCAGGGAUGGGCAAAUUUUUGAAGCUACCAAGUUUUUUUCGGAUAUGAGAUGUGGUGAUAUACAACCAAAUGCUUUGACUUACACUGUCAUGUUAGAGGGGCAUCUGACAGUGAAGCAUAUGAUCGAUGUGAUGAUGCUGCAUGCUGAUUUGAUAAAGAUGGGUAUCAUGCAAAAUGAGAACAUAUGCCUGGUUUUAACAAGGGGUUAUCAAGAAAAUGGAUACCUGAAGUCAGCUCUCAACUGUUCCAAGGACUCGAUUAGGUGUUCAGAGAAGAUUGGAUCUUUUCUGGGUGAUGGUCCAUCCUGUAUUAAAUCACCUGCAUCUGCUACAAGUUUAUACUCGGAAAUGCUAAUCAAAAGUAUUGUGCCUGAUCAUGUAACGUACACAUCUUUAAUUCAAGGCUUGUGCAGGGAUGGACAAAUUUUUGAAGCUACCAAGUUUUUUUCCGAGAUGAGACGUGGUGGUAUACAACCAGAUGCGUGGGCUUACACUGUCAUGUUAGAGGGGCAUCUGACAGUGAAGCAUAUGAUUGGUGUGAUGAUGUUGCAUGCUGAUGUGAUAAAGGCGGGUAUCAAGCCAAAUGAGAAGAUGUGCCUGCUCUUAACAAGGUGUUGUCAAGAAAAUGGAUACCUGAAGUCAGCUCUCAACUGUUCCAAGGACUGA